AAUUCUAAGGUUCAUUAACAACAAUUAACUAUAUGGUAUUGAUCAGUGGUUAAGAAACAUAUACAUUUCAUCAUUUGGGAUGACAGCGGAACAUCAUCUGACAAUUUAUAUCUGAAAUUUUAAUCCAAUUUUGCAAUCUGAACAGCUGCGAUGAUGAACACAAACAAACAGCUGGUCCAGCUGUUGUGUGACGGCGUGACUUACUUCUACUGCAGCAGCCACCGUAUCUCACCGAGGCCGUGACUGGCAUUGUUAAGGCACUGUCAUACAAGAUUUCCCCAGCUUCCAGUUGCUGUUAUUAGUUGUUGCUGAAUAUCUUCAAUCCGCUCAUUAUGGCUGAAGAAAAUGAAUUUCCUGCCAUGAAGAAUGACAGACUACUGCGAGCAGCACGGGGAGAAGAGGUUGAUGUGGUUCCUGUGUGGGCAAUGAGACAAGCUGGACGAUACCUUCCAGAAUUUCGAGAAGAGCGUGCAAAGUGUGACUUCUUCACAAUGUGCCAGACACCUGAAUUGUCAUGUAAAGUUACUCUCCAGCCAUUAAAUAGGUUCCCCCUGGAUGCUGCAAUUAUCUUUUCUGAUAUCCUAGUAAUCCCACAAGCAUUAGGCAUGGAAGUGGAGAUGCGACCUGGGGAAGGUCCUGUCUUUCCUUCCCCUCUUCGUGGACCUGAAGAUCUGACCAAACUAGCGUCACCAGCAGAUGUAUGUUCAAAACUUGAGUAUGUGUUUGAUGCUCUUACACUCACUCGUAAGGAACUUCAGGGAAAAGCACCUCUUAUAGGCUUCAGUGGUGCACCGUGGACAAUAAUGGCAUACAUGAUUGAGGGUAAGGGUUCUAAAACCAUGAGUAAUGCUAAAGGUUGGUUGUACAAGUAUCCAGAAGCGAGCCACCAACUUCUGAAAAUAAUUACAGAUGCAACAGUUAAUUAUCUUGUUGGCCAGGCAAAGGCUGGAGCUCAGAUACUACAAGUGUUUGAGUCACAUGCAGAACAUCUAGGACCAGAUUUGUUUCGAAACUUUGCAUUACCAUGCUUGAAGCAAAUUUGUGAUGAAGUUAAAGAACGUGUAUCACAGCUUGGCUUGAAAAAUAUUCCUAUGAUAGUGUUCCCAAAGGGUGGUCAUUUUGCCCUAAAGGAUCUUGCUGCAUUGAAUUAUGAAGUUAUUGGUAUUGAUUGGACAGUGGAUCCCAUCUUAGCUCGACAAAUUGUUGGCCCAAAUAAAACUCUUCAAGGGAACUUGGAUCCUUGUGCUCUUUAUGCAGAUAAGAAAUCUAUUGAUGGUGCUGUGAAAGAGAUGAUACAGAAGUUUGGUCGUGAUCGCUACAUUGCCAAUCUUGGGCAUGGAAUGUACCCAGAUAUGGAUCCAGAGCAUUUAGCAGCAUUUGUUGAAGCUGUUCAUAAAUACUCCAAGAAAUGAGCUACUCCCCAACUUACGAAGGGGUUAGAGACCGACAUCAAAGUCGGAAAUGCUUGAACAAUACAUAGAAAAUUGAAAAUGGGUGUCUCUUUUUCUUCUCAUCACCACAAAACACUCACUUUUAAGUUUGUCAGCCAUUUUAAAGUGAAUUACAGAUGAAAAUUUUGUCUGUGUACUGACUUUGGAACUCGAAAAUAUGUAAUUUAACCAAAUUGAUCUGCUUAACGUUGUUUCGUAUAAUGUCGCGUUUUUAGGAACAUAACCCCGACGUUAAGUGAGAACUUACUGCAGUGCAUUAGUGGUCCAGUUAGUGACCUGAGGUGGGGGAUCUCUCUCCCUACCCAAACCCAAACUUGUGCACUUGACAACAUCCUUCCAGCUGAUUUAAAAAUUAAUAGUAAAUAAAUUUGUACUCUGGAACAAAAAAAAAUUGAGAUUUGAAAAUUAGGCCUGUGACUCUACAUCACUAAUUGAUACAUAGAGAUAUAGUUGUAGAUGUAUUUUGUUUCCCUUUGAACAUAGUACAGUAACAAAAAAAAUUACAUCUAAACAGGAACCUUUGAGACACAACAGUAUUCAAAAAUAUUUUUUUUUAUUUAUUAAAGUUGUUGGAAAUACA